GGGAGAAGAGGGAUGAGGCCUCAGAAGCUGCCAACGGCUCCAAGGCCAGCUCUGGAGGUGGCUCAUCUCUCAGCAUCAAGGACACCAAUAAACUCCAGGCACAGUUGGGCCUCGGACUUUUGCAGGUCAUGGCUGCCCAGGAGAAGGCAGCAGAGAUUCAGGACUCCAGAAGCCAGAGGGGCCAGGGGAGCAGAAGGGAGAGCUCAGAGCUGAGAUGGGGAUCAGAUUCCGAGGAAGAACUACAUAGGAGGAAAUACAAGAAAUAUCAGACUUCUGAAAGGGACCAUGGAAGCCCAAGAAAGUCAGGAGCCAAAUUUUGGGAAUCUUCCCUGUCACAUUCUGGGAGUGAGCUCAAAAGGGGUCACAAGAGAAGACAUGAUUGCACAUCACCCACCUCAGGAUCUUCGACAUCACCCUUCUCUCAGAGCCCUCAAGAGGGUCUGGACAAGAAAUUGAGCCUCCUGGAGCAACAGAGGUUAAAAAAGGAGAAAAAGCAGCAAAAAUUGUUGAGGAAGGCCUUUGAAACACCUGAGGAGAAACGGGCCAGGAGACUGGCAAAGAAGGAGGCCAAAGAACGGAAGAAGAGAGAAAAGAUGGGCUGGGGUGAAGAGUGUAUGGGCUACACCGAUACUAACAACCCCUUUGGAGAUAAUAAUCUACUAAGAACUUUUGUAUGGCACAAGGCACUAGAGAAGAAGGGGUUCAGCCACCUGGAAGAGAAGGAGCUGAAGGAGAGAAACAAGAGAAUCCAAGAAGAAAAUCGACUAGAAUUGCAGAAGGUGAAGCAACUGUGCUUGGAGAGAGAAAGAGAGAAAGCCAAACAGCAGCAAGAACUGGAGAGGCUGCAGAGGGAGAAGGAGGCAGAGCAUUUUAAACCAUGGCAGGAGCAGGAAGACAACUUCCAUCUUCAACAAUCGAAACUUCGUUCUCAAAUUCGCAUAAGGGAUGGAAGGGCCAAGCCCAUUGACCUCCUGGCCACAUACAUCAAUGCCGAGGACAAUGACUUGGCUGUGGAGAUUCAUGAGCCCUACAACUUCCUCAAUGGCCUCACAGUAUCAGAUCUAGAAGACCUUUUGGAGGACAUACAGGUAUACAUGGAACUGGAACAGGGUAAGAAUGAAGAUUUCUGGAGAGAUAUGACUAUCAUUGCAGAGGAUGAGAUCUCCAAACUCCACAAGCUCGAGGCAUCUGAAAAGGGAGAAGGAAAGCAUCGAGAAGCAGUUAAUGCCUCUGUUAGUUCUGAUGUACAGUUGGUCUUCAAAGGGAAGACCUACAAUCAGUUGUGGGAGAUUUUUCAGGGCAUUGAGAGCAAGAUCCAGAGAGGGGGACCCAACCUGGAUAUCGGCUUCUGGGAAAGUGUGUUGCAGCAACUCAAGGUACACAUGGCCAGAUCCAGGCUCCGUGAGGAUCACCAGGAUGUACUCCAGAAGACAUUGCUUUCAACACCUUACUGGUCCAGCUGGUACAAACUGCUAUUCCCCAUCCUCAACAAAGAACCUAAAGAACAAGGUCACUUAACACCUCAGGCGAGACCUUCCACCUCAGGUACCUCAGAGGAGCCAGAAGCUGAAGUCAAGGCCAGAGCUGAAGGCAAGGGAGAGUGGGAGGAAGAAGCUGUGCCAAUGGAAGAAGACUUGAUCCAUCAGAGCCUAGAGGACUAUGAUGCUGGCAAGUACAGCCCCAGAUUGCUCACCACCCAGGAGCUGCCGUCUGAUGCUCAUGUGACAGGAUCAGAAGAGGAUGUUCAGUGCCUAUUGCUUUCUCGGCAACAAUUGCAGGGCACAGGAGAUGCCAAUGAGAGUGCUGAAGACAAGUUCUUAAGCCAGGCCAAGGAGGGCAUGGGAGCAGAUGAAUCCCAGUUUAGUGUGGAAAUGCCCCUUACAGGCAAGGCAUAUCUGUGGGCAGACAAAUACCGGCCCCGAAAGCCUCGUUUCUUUAACCGAGUCCACACAGGCUUUGAGUGGAACAAGUACAACAGGACCCACUAUGACUUUGAUAACCCCCCACCAAAGAUUGUGCAAGGGUACAAGUUUAACAUCUUUUACCCAGACUUAAUAGACAAGCGUUCCACACCCAAGUACUCCUUGGAGGCAUGCCAGGACAAGGACUUUGCUAUCCUGUACUUCCAUGCUGGACCUCCUUAUGAGGACAUUGCCUUCAAGAUUAUCAACAGAGAGUGGGAGUAUUCACAGAGACAUGGCUUUCGCUGUCAAUUUGUCAAUGGCAUCUUUCAGCUUUGGUUCCACUUUAAGCGCUACCGCUAUAGGAGGUAG